AUGCCUUAUCGCUUCAGGACCCUUUCUUUGAAUCCUCUCACUCUCUUUUUUGUGGAUGAAGCCAGCUGUCAUAACUUCGAUCUUAACUCUUCGAGGAGGAUUUGGGUUAAAUGGAAUGCCUCAAAAUUAUGCUUCAAGCCUACUAUGAUCUCCUCUCAGUUAAUUUCUGGUACGAUUUGGGUUGCUAAUCAACCUAUACUACAGCUUUCUGUUAUUUAUGCUUCUAAUAGCUCUUUAGAACGUAAGGUUUUGUGGGACUCCAUUGCUCAGUCCUCUCCUGCCAACCAAUUCCCUUGGGCUCUUAUAGGGGACUUCAACUGUUGUCGUUUUACUUCUGAAAAACUAGGUGGUUCUCCUAUUACUCUUUCUGCCUUGACAGACUUCAAUAAUAUGAUUUUUAGUAAUGGAUUGAAGGAUCUUAAUUCUGUUGGCUUGAAAUAUACCUGGUUUAAUCAACGAUCUGAUAACCCCAUUCACAUCAAACUAGACAGAGUGCUUGUGAAUGAGGGGUGGUUGAAUGCCUUUGCUGAUUCGUGCAUCACAGGUUUCCUUUUAAAAAUUAUUGGACUAAGCUUGACAACUAUUGGUGUCAUCUUUUGGAGGUUUUUUCUCAACCUUGUAAUGGCAAUCCUUUUGUCUCAUUUUUGUAAAUCUCUUAAACUGUUAAAAGGCUGCAUCAAAAAAGAGGUUUGUUCAUCCUCAAGUAUCAAGAGGCAUUUAGAUGCAUUGAUGAAGAAACAAGUGGAUCUGUUGGGUAAGCUUCAGGAUGAUCACAAUAAUUUGGCUUUAAAUCUUUCAUGCAAAGAUGUUAAAGCUGAAUUAGUUAACUUCAAUUCUAUUCAUACUUCUUGGACUAUUCAGAGGGCUAAGGUGAACUGGUUAAAAAAUGGAGAGGAUGAUAUUAAGUUCUUAUUUGCUAAAAUUAGGACUAGGAGAGGAGGUAACAAAUCGGUAGCGAAUCUGCUUGCUAGUAAUCCUUCUUCCUCUACUUCUGAUGUUAUUUCUGCUAUUACUGAUUAUUUCCAAGAUCUUUAUAAUCCCGUCCCUCCUACUUUCUUGCGGUUGGAGUUUUUUCCAGUUGGAUCAAGGCUUCCUGACAGUUUUGUUUAUUCUUGCACUUCUCCUGUUAUGGAUGAUGAAAUUAAGAAGGUGGUUUUCAUGGGUUCUUCCAACUCUGCACCCGGGUCAAAUGGAUUUAACUUCUAUUUUUAUAAAACAGCUUGGCACAUCAUUGGUCCAUCGGUUUGUAGAGCUAUCAGAUCUUUCUUUCAAAAAUAUUACAUGCCUAAUGGGGUUAAAGCUACGGCUUUAGCUAUCAUCCCCAAGAACAAAAAUGCUACCCUGAUUUCUGAUCACAGGCCGACUGCCUUGUGUAACUCUCUCAACAAAAUUAUUGCAAAGGUUAUAGCUCAAAGACUUAAACCGAUUAUGAACUCCAUUGUUAUGGACAACCAAGCUGGUUUCGUCAAAUCUAGAGUUUCUACCGACAAUAUCCUUCUUGCUAGUGAAAUUCUUGCUUAUGUUGGUAAGAACAAGAGAGGUAAAUUCUUCUGUGCUAAGCUCGAUGUCAAAAAAGCUUUCGACUCUAUUUCCAAAGAGUUCUUGUUAGCUAGACUUCUUCAAAAAGGUUUUCCUAAUCUCUUUGUGAAUUGGAUCAAAGCUUGUAUCUCUGAUGUCAACUUCUCCAUUGUGCUUAAUGGGGCCCUUGAGGGGUAUUUCUCUUCUUUUGCUGGGUUAAGGCAAGGUUGCCCUCUUAGUCCUUAUCUCUUCUAUUUGGUUAUGGAUGCUUUCUCUAAUAUCCUUGAGGGUCGGGGUUUUAAAGGCAUCUCUCUUGGGCAAUAUUCCAUCAAUCAUUUGCUUUAUGCAGAUGAUGUGCUUAUCUUUGGAGAGGCCUCUAUUGAUAACUGUAACUUGUUGGCUAAGAUUUUAAGUGAUUUUGCUAACGCUUCAGUUCUUCAUAUUAAUUAUGACAAAAGUUUUAUUAUGUUUCCUAAACAUUUGAACAAUUUUUCUGACCUUUGUCAAGCUCUGUCGAUUCACAAUAUGGUUUCUAAAAUCUCUUAUCUGGGAGUUCCUCUAUCUUUCUACAAGUUGAGAAUUGAAGAUUUCAUGCCUCUUAUGGAUAGUGUUAAUAAGAAAAUGAAUGGUUGGAAGGCUAACUUACUGUCCUUUGCUGGUAGGCUUCAAUAUAUCAAAUUCACUAUUCAAAACACCAUUGCCUACUGGAUCAGGGGGUCGAUUCUAACUAAAGCUGUCUACAAAUAUGUCAAAAAAACCUCCUCUAGGUUUCUUUUCUUUGGGGAUUCUCAGGUUUCUAAAAAGUUACAUAUGAUUUCUUGGGACAAAAUUUGUAGGCCUAAAUGUAAGGGUGACCUUAGUAUCCCUUCCAUUUUUGCUCUGCAAUUUGCCUACAACUGUUCUGUCAUUUAUAGGAUGUAUAACCUCCCUUCGCCUCUUUCUACUUGGCUUACUUAUAGAUACAGGUCUCCUUGGAGCCCUCCACCUACUUUUGCCUCAAAACUCUGGCAUUCAAUUUGUGAGACUGUUGUUGGUGUUAAGUCUUGCUUUAAGUUUAUUAUUACUCAUAAUGCUCCUAUUUCCUUGAGAUGGGACCAUUGGUGUAAUAACAUCACCUUGGCUGAAUUUUCAGGAGUUAAUCUUGUAGAGGGCAUUCUGGAUUGCUCUUUGAAUGAAUUUCUUGUUUCGUCUCACUGGGUGUUUCCUGACGACUUCCCGCUGUUUUUUAGAAACAUUUGUGAGAAGUUUUCUGUUUCUAAUGAGGCUGGUACAAACUUUUUUGGCCUAAAAGAAAUAUCAUUAAACACUCAGUUUGUGUGGUUAGCUUUAAUGGGGGAGCUGAAAAUGGCAGAUGCUCUCCAAAUUAGGAACAUUAUUGUUCCGGACCUUUUCAGUUUUUGUUUUUUCCAUAAAGAAAAUGUUACACAUUUAUUUUUUGAAUGCCCUUACUCCUCUAUCAUUUCUGCCCUCAUUCCUGGUCUGAAAUGUUUCCUUCUGAGGCCCAAUAUAAUGCAGAUUUUGGAGUGGGUAAAAUCUGAGUUCAAAGGCUUUUUGAUUCUGGGAGUUACUGGGUAUCUUCUGGGUUUUUUUGUUUCUCAAGCCCUGCUGCUGUUGGCAUUUAUUUUGCCUAUUUUAUUGCUGUGUUCCUUCGAGAUGUUGGUGCAGGAUGUUUUCCUGUUGAUAUUGGGCAUGAUGGUAAAUCUGGGAUUAGCUGGUGGACGGUUCUGUUGCUUUCUGUGGCAAAUUUAUGGUGGAUCAUGUUAUGCAGUUAUGGAUGUUUCGUUCUUCUCUGUUCCGUCUCAGUGGAAUUUGGUCACUUCGGGCAGUUGGACUUGGGAGCCGUUAUUUCUAUUUUGCCUGCAGGUUCUUGCUCUCAGUUGGGAUUCAAUCUGGGAGAGGUCUUUGGCUGCUGGUAUUUUUCACAUGUUUGACUUCAUCUUAUGUGGUGCUGGGAAUCUUGUUGCUGGCUGCUAUGUUCCUCCAAUUGCUCUUCUGUUGACUGUUUGGGGUGGUUUCAUCUCCAGCUCUUUGGGUUUAAUGUUUCACAUGUUUUCUGUGCUCUUUUUGAGUUUUUGA